UGUGGUGCUACACAAACAUGCGCAUUAGCUGCACCAGCGCUCCGGUCGAGAAGAGGUUAUAAAGCUUUAUAAUCAUCAUGAAGAAGGUCUGCAUCUGUAACAUCUGUAACUGCGGGCGCCACCGCUGCACUCGCCAGCCCACAGACCUCUACGGGAAGAGCGGCCAUGUGUGUGUGGUGAGCGAAUACACCGAGAAAUACCCCACGUACCAGAGCUGCCGACCCCCCCAGAGCCUGAAACCCAAACCGGAGGAGAAGGGCGAGAGGAGCCGGAUGGAGGGGACCACCACCUUCAGGUCCGAUUUCGUCCCGUAUGAAGUGACCCGGCGUCCCGGGAGACAGAGGCCGCAGUACCAGCCGCGCCCGGGCCAAAUCGACCUGUCCACCACGUACAGCCUGGAGUUCAACCCUUACGAGGUGAAGCCCAUUUCACUGGCGCGGCCAAAAGAGAGGAACCGAGGUGCCGACGGGAAACUGGACACAGUGCCCACCUACAAAGAGGAUUUUCGUCAGUGGGAAAUCACCAGGCGGGAGCCCCCCAAACCCAGGACCUCGUACCACCCCCCGGUGGAGAAAUUCGGCAACGCCACGACAUUCCAGGAUGAAUUCGUCCCCCGAGGUCCGGUCGUCCGCGAGAGCUUCAAACCCCCGAACGCCCCCAAACAGUCGGACGUUCCGCUCGACGGCGUGACCAGCCACCAGCUGAGCUACGUCCCUCACCGCGUGGAGCCGCGUUACAUCAGACCCCCUCCGGAAUACAAGCCCAGCGAGCAGCCCUUCCAGGACCUGACCACACACCGGCUGGAGUACCAGGGUCUGCCGGGCACCGCGCCCAAAAGCUGCAAACCCGAGCGGCUCCAGUCGCCCUCGGACGCGCCGUUCCAGAGCAGCACCGAGUUCCGCGAGCGGUUCCAGGCGUGGGCCGUCCCUCCGCCAAGGGCUCCGAGAGCGCCCGAGUACACCAGCCCCACCCAGGACAUGGACCUGACCACCACCACUCAGACCACCUACGUCAGGCACCGCAUCCAGCCGUUCGUCCCCGCCAAGCCCUUCCUCAGGCACGCCCGCUCCUCGGCACCCUUCCAGGCCGACACCACCACCAAGGAGGAUUUCAAACCCUGGACGCCCCAGCGCCGAACCGUCGCCUGCAAACCCUCGGAGAUGCCGCGAGCCAGCGGCAGGAUGGAGGACCUGAGCACCUUCAGGGCUCAUUACAUCCAGCACCAGCUGCAGCCCAAUCCCAGCUGCAAGCCCCUCGCCGCCCCCCUGAGGAGCCAGGCGCCCCUGGAGGAGGGAACCGUGUACCGCACCGAGUUCACGCCCAAAAAGAUCAAGGCGUGUCCGGCCAGCAGCGAGGCUCCGCCCGGGUUCGUGUUCGAGAGAGUGGACGACGCGGGACACAGGUUCUACCGCAGAGUCUCGGCCCGGGAUCAGGUGACCACAGGACAUGAGGUCGAGACCCCUAAAGCCGUGGCCAUCAUGGCGUGAGAGAGGGCGUCAGCACGUCCAGCUCCGAGGAUCAAAGUAAAAAUGAUCGACAAA